AGUGUUAAUGAUGACAAAAUUUAGUGUUAACGAAUUGGAAUAUCUGGAAGAUGAUCGGUUGAAUUCUAAUCCUAUAUUUACGAAGUCAAUCGGCGGGUUCGUGAACUAUGCCGGAUUCACGUUAACCGGGAAUUUUAAGAAAAAAAUCGGAGAGAUAGAUGAGCUAGUGGUUUAUGAUGAUGACGUUUGGGUGUGUACAUUUCCAAAGUGUGGAACGACUUGGACUCAGGAAAUGGUGUGGUUAUUAUUAAACAAUCUUGAUUAUAAUGGGGCUAGGAAAUUGUUAAGCGAAAGGUUUCCUUUUCUAGAGUGAGUAUUUUCUAUUCUAGAUGUGAUUAAUAUCUGGAAAGUUUUAGUGCGAGUAAUAUAUGAUAAUUUAAUUUCUAGUGACGCAUUUCUAAUUGACUGCGAAAAAUUACCUCAUUCUGAGAUAAUUUUGUCCAAUGUUAAUACCAAACAUGAUUCUCUUUAUAAAAUUAAAAAUCUUGCAAGACCUCGAUGCAUUAAAACCCAUCUACCGUUUCAAUUUCUACCGAAGAGUAUCAGAAAUGGUACAAGCAGGCCGAAGAUAAUUCACGUAUCAAGGAAUCCUAAAGACGUUUGCGUUUCCUACUACCAUCAUUAUCGCCUCCUAUUUGGAUAUAAAGGAACCUUUGAAGAAUUUACAGAGAUUUUCUUGGAAGGAAAAGUAAUUUAUGGUCCAUAUUGGGACAAUAUUUUAUCUUACAUGGAACGAUCGAACGAAUCGAAUAUGCUGUUCUGUAGCUACGAGGAAAUGAAAGAGAAUUUAGCAGGUGUCAUGUCUCGUAUUUCGGAAUUUUUGGAGAUUGAGGUGCCCGAAAAGGAGAUGGGUAGAUUACUCGACCAUCUCGAUAUUGACAGCAUGAGAAAGAAUCCGUCACUGAAUUGUGAAGACGUAGCUCCUAUAUUAAAGUCGGUUUUUAAAGUAGACUAUCAAGGAAAUUUCAUACGAGCCGGAAAAGUUGGAAGCUACAAAGAGGAAAUGCCGGAAAAAAGCAUACGAAAAUUUGAUGGUUGGAUAAGAGAAAACCUGAAAAGAAGAGUCUACGAACAGAUGGUGAAAGUGUAAUGUCUAAA